AUGGCAACAAACACGGCCUCCUCCAUUGGCAUCACUGCUCGCUUGGCCACCGACGGUAAAAACUGGAAAGACUGGGUCAAGCAGCUGGUAAACUACGCCGCUGCAGAUGGCGCUGUCGACGUACUGGACGGCGCAGCGCGACCGGAUUUCGACCCCACGCUGAAUAAGUACCGUAUCACGGCCCUGCAGCGCACGACAGCACACCCAGCAGGCACGUCCGAAACUAUCAUUCAAGCCGACUUCGACCGAGUCGGCAAGCUUAAGAAGGCUAUCGCGCCCUUCAACAGCGAAGCCCGACAUCUACUCAAGGAGGACAAGCUCGCCCUAGACCAGUGGGUCGCGCGCGACGCCCGCCUACAAAACACCAUACUCUCCUCCAUCGCCAACACGCUCGCGUCGCAGGUGCGCACCUGCCCCACCGCACACGACAUGUACAAGGCCUUGAAGAAGCUCAACAGCAACGGCGACCAUGCCAAUGCUGCUCUAGCGUGGAUCGCCCUCAUCGACCUCUGCGCAGAGUCUCAACCAUCAGUCCGAAGCUACAUUGGAAAGUUCCGCGAGACUAUUAAUGACAUCACGGUACAGGGCAUCUCACCUAGAUGGAAGAAGCCCUCUGCGGAAGUCGAGCCCGCGAAGACGUUCAUCUCCGUCGCAAAAUCUGCAGAGGAGAAGCGCGUUUUAUCACGCCUCAAGAGCCGCAGCAACAACGACGCAACUCCUUCCGCUCCAUCUCUACCGACUCGCAACAGAAAUAACAACAACCACCCUAAGCGCACACCUCAGCCAGUUGGUCACUGCGAUCACUGCAAGAAGGAGCACCCAGGCCCUAACGACCUUUGCUGGAAAGCUCACCCAGAGCUCGUACCAGAUGACGUUAAGAAGAAGCGCGCGGAGACUGCUGCUAAGAAGGCAACAGAUACAGCGGCGACUCGUACAAACGUCACUGUAGCCUCGAACAACAACAACGACGACGACGAUCCAUACGAAGCCCACAGCUACGUCACCGUCGCCAGCUUCGUGUCUCCAGAUCUCCUCAAGAAGGCAAUCACCAAUCACGACUAUCGAAAGCGGUACUGCUACGACACUGCCGCCAACCGACACGUCUUUAACGAUCGAUGA